UACACUCGAAAAUGUUCGCUAAGGUAUUCGUUGUUCUGGCCGCCGUCGCCGUCGGUGUCAACUCGGUCGCGAUCGGAGUCGCUGCCCCGGCCGCUCUGGUAAAGACGGAGGAGUACGAUGCUCACCCACAGUACAGCUUCAGCUACGACGUCCAGGACUCGCUGACCGGCGACAACAAGCAGCAGCACGAAACCCGCGAUGGCGAUGUUGUGCAGGGUCAGUACUCGCUCGUUGAGCCUGAUGGUACUCGUCGUACCGUCGACUACACGGCCGAUCCGGUGAACGGAUUCAACGCCGUCGUCAGCAAGACUGCCGAUGCCGCCGUCGUUAAGACCGUUGCCGCUGCCCCGGUUGCCCAUCCGGUGGUGGCCUACCAUGCCCCGAGCGUUGCCGUUGCCCACGCUCCGGCCGUCGCCGUUGCACACGCCCCGUUGGCUUACCAUGCGCCCGCUGCCACCACCUACGUUUCGCACGCUCCGGUCCUGUCGCACGCUCCCGUCCUUUCGCACGCUCCCGUCUACUCGCACGCCCCGGUCUACUCGCACGCGCCCGUUCUUUCGCACGCCGUCUACCACCACUAAGCGAUAAAUGACGCGCCAAGGACACCGCGGGGAUAGAUAAUGGAUGUCGCAACGAUAAGGACACGAUGCUGACUUCGACUCAGGCCAUAUACGCACACACGCACACAUACACGCACACACGUAAUCUAGAGGGGGUGGCGCAUCACCGUAGCGGUACGCCCGCCCGAACGAAUCGUACUCGAUUGACUCAGAUUUGUUCUGUUUGAUUAGCUGUUAGAUUAAUGCGAUUUUUGACGAACAGUAUUACGUACUUUGUUUCCUUUCGUAUACUAUCCAUCUCCUAAAUGUUCUCUACCUUUCUUCUCCAGUUUUUCUUCUUUCAUUGUAUGAUUUUAACGAAUUUAUAAUUUACUCUUCCUGUUCUGUUCGAAGCGUGCCUCUCGGCCACGUAACAGUAGAGGGAGGGCACGUGACACGAGAUUAC